AUGCAAUAUGGAAAGAGGCAAAGUUUGAAAGAUCGCUUACAGCAAUAUUAUAUUGAAAAUAUCAAAACAAGUUUUAGAAUUCGAGUUUUCAACCUUCUGAUCAAAGUUAUUUCGUGUGUACUAUACUGUGUGCGAGUCAUCAAUGAUAAUGGGCAACUUCCAAGACAUAUCCAACCUAAAGCUUACGCUAUCGACGAAGUUAAAUACCAAAAUCUAAUAUGGGUUGAUCGCAAGUAUUCCAUGUGGAUUUGCCAAGGUAGUGCAUUUAGAGUCGUUUUAAAAUUGCAUUUUUUAUUGGAAUUAAUAACUAGUAUGCCGCUAAUUGCUACACAUGAUUCGAAUCGAAUUUCAACAUCUGUUGGACGAUCAGCUUUGGUGCGUCAGAUGCUCAUUUUAUUUUCAACUUUGCUUUGCUUAGUUUUCACGGGUACGUGUGGAAUUGAACACUUACAACGAGCAGGAGAACGGCGUUUUGACUUGUUUACUUCAUUUUACUUUGUUAUGGUUACAUUUUCUACUGUUGGUUAUGGAGAUUGGUACCCUGACACGUGGAUGUCAAGAUUGUUCGUUGUUAUGCUCAUAUGCAUUGCGUUCGCUAUACUUCCGAAACAAAUUGAAGCACUUGGUCAGACGUACGUUGAAAGACAAAAAGCAGGCGGUGAAUACACAGAGGGCUGGGUAAGUAAUGUGAAACACGUAGUGGUUACAAUCACACAUCUUGAAGCAGAAUUCAUCCGAGAUUUUCUUAGUGAAUUCUAUGCACAUUCAGAACAUCAGAACUAUUUGGUAAUUUUAUUGUCACCAUGUGAAAUGGAUGAUCGGAUGCGAAUGCUUUUGAAAAUACCAAUGUGGUCAACAAGAGUAAUGUAUAUACGUGGGUCAGCUUUGAAGGAUGACGACUUAGAAAGGGCACGUAUGGCAUCUGCUAAAGCUUGCUUCAUUUUAUCAGCUAGACAUAUUAAAAAUAAAACAAGCACAGUAUGUGUUAGUUAA